AUGGGUACAAAGAGAAAGGCAUCUGAAACCGAAUUGGCGGAUGAGCAGUCAACUGUCAUCUCCCAUGCCGAUACCCCAAAGGCAGAAGACGAGCGCAAGGAGCGCAAGGACAAGAAGAAGAAGAAGAGCAAAUCCUCGAAGUCAGAUAUCGCUACCAAUGAUGAUUCAGAAACAAAAGCUCCUGCAGAAACUCCAAGCGAGCAGCUCGAUUAUACAAAAAUGACUAUCGAAGAGCUUAAGAAAAAGCCUGAGGGUGAAAGCAAGAGUGAUAAGUCUGCGAGAAAGGCCGAGUUGAAAAAACGGAAGCAAGAGAAAAAGGAGAAGCUUGGAGAAGAUAAGGCCGAAGUUGAUGGGGAGGUUGUUCCUACUGAGACUAAGAAGGACAAGAAGAAGAAGAAGGAAACCAAGCUCGCAGAGAAGGAACUGUCAGCAGAGGAGAGAAAGGAGAUGAAAAAGAAGGCUAGAAAGGAAGCAAAGAAGGCAGAAAAGGCCAAGGCGGAGACUGAUGCUACCAGCAGCAAGGAAAAAGUCGAGGAUGUGGUCAUGGAGGAUAUAGCAGAGAGCGCAACUGCAGAACCAGCUGUCGAAGAUAAGAUGGACGUGGACUCGGAUUCGAACUCGUCAAGCAAAAGUGGCAGUUCCGAAAGCGAAGAUGCGAAGGCUAAGACUAAAUCUAAUGGGAGCACAGCACCAACAACUGCCAACGGGACCGAAUCUCCUGCUCCAGCCGAUAGCGCCGCGAUAGGCUCCUAUAUGAAGACGCAUUCGAUCAAGAUUACAGAUCCAUCAAAGCCUGAUAGCGAGUCGUGUGACCUGAUUCUUAAAUUCUCCGAUCUCCCUGCCAUCGAUAAAUCUCACCUAGCACCUUUCUCAGCCUAUAAAACCCCAACACCAAUCCAAGCCGCAUCAUGGAGCUACCUUCUCGCUGGAAAGGAUCUUAUCGGUGUUGCAGAAACCGGUUCCGGAAAGACGAUGGCUUUCGCCUAUCCGGCAGUGCAGUACCUUUGCAAGUUUCCAAAAUCUGACAGAAACCCGAAGAAAUCUGGAGCUAGAGUAGUCAUCGUGUCGCCGACAAGAGAGCUUGCCAUGCAAAUCUUCGAGCAGGUCGAGAAACUUACUAUAGCUGCAGGAUUGAAGGAUGCUGCCACAUGUAUCUACGGCGGUGUGCCUAAGGAUCCUCAGCGAGAGUCCCUGAAGAAGGCUCUUGUCAUUGUUGCGACACCUGGUCGUCUUAAUGACUUCUUGGAAGAGGGAGCUGCCAACAUCUCGCAGGCGGAAUACGUCGUCCUUGACGAGGCUGACAGGAUGCUUGAUAAGGGUUUCGAGGACGCCAUCAAGAUGAUCCUCGGCGCCACACCAGCUACGCCGAAACGUCAGACUCUCAUGUUCACCGCCACCUGGCCGCAGAGUGUCAGACAACUAGCGUCAACAUUCAUGACCAAGCCCGUCAGAAUCGGAAUCAACAGUCCCGAUGAUGGUGAUCUCCGUGCAAACACCAGGAUUUCCCAGACAGUGGAAGUUCUUGCGGAUGGAAGAAUCAAGGAGCCACGUCUUCUUAACAUCAUCCAUGCUCACCAACGCUCUUCUCCUAACGCCAAGAACGACCGAAUUCUCGUUUUUGCAUUAUACAAGAAAGAAGCCGCAAGACUCGAAAACUUCCUCCGGGCAAAGGGUAUCAAGGUCGGUGGUAUUCAUGGUGAUCUGAACCAAGCGACUAGAACAAGUACAUUGGCAGAAUUCAAGGCAGGUAGAACUCCUGUUCUUGUUGCCACAGACGUUGCAGCUCGAGGAUUGGAUAUCCCGAAUGUCAAAUUGGUGAUCAAUGUGACUUUCCCAUUGACCAUUGAGGAUUACGUGCACCGAAUCGGCCGAACAGGUAGAGCUGGUGAGUUGGGCAAGGCCGUCACAUUCUUUACUGACCAUGAUAAGGCUCACAGCGGAAGUUUGAUCAACGUCCUAAAGGCUGCAAAGCAACAAGUUCCCGACGACCUAAUGAAGUUCGGAACGACUGUCAAGAAGAAGGAACACGCCAGCUACGGAGCUUUCUACAAGGAUACUAGUGAUGCCAAGGCAGCCACAAAGAUUAAAUUCGACGAUUAG